AUGGCAGUCCAGAUGUUCUUGUUGAUGCUUCUCUUCAUUGAAGUAUCUCUUUCUCAAGCAUCACUGUUGAGAAUUGAUUGUGGGUCUCAAACUGGGUAUGAGGCCAAAGAUGGCAGCUACUGGAGCACCGACGAUGAAUUUGUCAAGGUCGGCAACGACAUGCCGAUCUCAGCCGGUAGUUUCUCCAAGUGGACCCAACUCAACACUCUUCGAGUCUUCACAAAAGAGAAAAAAGUUUGCUACAAAUUGCCUGCGCAACCGUCGGUCCGAUACAUGAGCAGAGCGACAUUUUAUUACGGCAACUACGACGGCCUUUCGAAACCACCAACUUUUGACUUGGAGUUUGACGAGAAUAAUAGGAAAACUGUUGUCACCUCAAAUACAGAUCCGCAAAUUUAUGAAUUGAUUUACACAUCGGGUGCGGACGACAUUAAGGUGUGCUUGAUUCGAACAUCGGAUGCUCAGUUCCCAUUCAUCAAUGCGCUGGAAUUGUGGCCAUUAGAUGAUAAUAUGUACGAUGGUAUGACCCGAGACAUGGCUUGGCUCAGCAAUUACCGCUACGACUAUGGUGCAGUGGCGGACACUGUCGAUGAUUGGAUUUUAGGGUACCCUACUGAUUCGGCCAACAGAAUAUGGGUGCCAACAACUCCAUCCGACCUGAAUCAGACGAAAGCCUCCGCAACUUACUUCUACGACAACGGCGAUAACAACGUGCCCAACGUUGUCAUGUCCCAAAUGGUCGAGGCGCCAAAUUUAACGUACCCAAUCAGCUUAAGCUUCAGCAUCAACGACGGGAUCAAUCUAGUUCACUACGUGACCGCGUAUUUCACCGAGACCCAUUCACUAAACGAGAACGAAAGCAGGUCGUUCGAAUUCAACGCGAACAACAAGUUCGUCUCGACCAUGAACCCGAGGUACGAGUACUGCACGUCGGUGUGGGCAUUCGUGCAGUCGAACGGUACUCUAAAUGUUCAGCUGCGCGCAAGCGGGAAUUCGACGCUGCCUCCUUUGAUCAGCGCCAUUGAAGUGUACACGGGCCAAGCCGUACAUUAUCCUAAGACAAGUAAGUGGAAGGAAGUCGGCGGCGGCGGCGGCGGCGUGCUCUUUCUCAUUUUGAUUGGCUGUGGGUACUAUUUGUGCUCUAAAUCGAGGAACGACGGUAGACCAAACGGCGGUGGACCAAACAACGGUGUUAUAGAAGAAGCCCCACCUCGGCGCCGUUUUUGGUGGAGAAGAACUCGCUACGUUGAGGAGGAGGUUGUUGAAGCUCACGCGUAGCCACAGUAUAUGAUGCAAUACCGUAAUCACAUUAGUGAGAGAUGCUUUUUAGUUUUUUGGGGACUGACUGUGGUCACCAUUGAUGCAUCUGUACACGAUUUGGAAGAAGAAAAGAAGGAAAACCAAAAACCAAGAAAGUGAAUUCAAACUUGAUCAAGAAAGCCAAUGCUUGGAAGCUUUGACUAGCGAUAUGUUUUCUAACAA